GCUCUCAUGAGUCCAUACUCCCAUAAAUCAGCAGUGUAUUGCCAUGAUAACAUACGUAUGGCAUCAUGGUUGUGUUCGUCGACUAUGACCAGCAAGACGCUAAUUCUACGACCUCGAGUCUUCACUCUCACCACCAGAAAGCUAUAUUUCUGAAGCAUCCUGGCUAUCCGAUGUUCGCAGGUUCGCACGGGAGUGGUGGUAAUGGUAUUAGCCGCGAUAAUAGCGACGAUAAGCGCGCUGAUACGAAGCUGGUGCUGGAAGAAUCUCCUGCGGUCGGGAACGGCAAUGAUGUUGAUUGUGGACAGUGGUCAAAUCCAAACCGCAAUGGAUUUUCGGCUGCCCUGAGUUGCUACCCUGUUGUCGUUCAGAUUGCCAGGUCUGUCGACCUGAACACGCUGGAUUCGUUAUCCAUGACAUGUCGUCAGUUCCGCGCGAACCUGUUGCCCUUCCGCUCGCAGCUCGUCAGGGAAACCUUACGGUGCCGGAACGAGCCUCUGGAUAAUACGUUAUCGGAUAGAAAUGGCGACGGUGACAACAGCACUGUGCUGGGUUUUGUUGCAGCGGAGGAUUCACCUGACGUCUUCCAGGGCUUCCCCCAGCCUACUACCGCCGCUUCCAGUAUUGGUAGAUCCUCGAGCAUUCGUAGAUUCACCACGAGGAAAGUGGGACGAUGCGCUCGAGACAUGGUUGCGGAAUGCCAGAGAUGCAUGUACGUUUACUGUAGGAACUGUACCAUGAAACCCAUUGGAGCGUCAUUGUUGAAAAGCAGAUUUCGUCGCCUUUGUCCCACAUGCCUUGCUGCCCCUUUGUCCGAUCACUUCUUAGAUUACAUUUCUUCAGGAAAUGAUAGCCAUGACUCCAACUGGAACCACCCACCGUUACCAGCGCAAACGAAAACACAGGUGUUCACUGGCGACGUACUUGAUCUCAACCUCUGCCAUUGUGACGAGUCAUUCUGGCUCUGCAGACCGUGCGGCCAUAUUCUCAGAUCAGAUGACACCACAUACAAACGUGUGUGGACUUGGAGGACCCGUUAUAGUGCAUAUCUAGGUUGUGGGCUAGGCACGGGCAUUGGUGAAGGCUGGCAGGGCGUCAAAUGCGGACGUGGGGAACGAUGUCUCGCUGCAGAGGAGCUUGAGAUGGAGGUUGACUGUGAGGUAGAUGAUUGGAUGUCUGAUGAUGCAGACCAUAACAAUUCCAUCUCCCAUGCUCAUAAUAAUCGUCACGGUAAUAAUGGUGGUAGCGAUAACCAUGCCGCUUCGCGACAAAACGACGACGGACAUGGUGAUGAAGAACCCGGCUAUCUGAGACAGGAAAUCGAAGGCGUGGGCGGGGUGGUGAAGCAGAAGGUUAAGAAGAGGUUAAAGGUGGGUGCGUGUGUGGAGGAGCAUGAAGAUGAGAGGGAAACGGCGUCGUAUUUGAAGAGAGAGUACUUGGGGGAUGUGAGGAGUUGGUGUGGAUGGUGUCAGAGGGUUGUGCCGUGCCACAAGGAGAGAGAGCAUCUGGAGUAAUUGAUGUCACUCAAGAAUCCCUGCCCUCAUUUACUUGUCUCUGUGAGGAGUUCCUGGGUUGUUCCCUCUGCUGAUGUAGAAAUCUACUUAUGUUGUGUGAUUAGACUAGAUGACACUUGAUCCUAUGCUUCGUGUUUGCCUGUGAUUCGAUACUUGAUAUAUAGCAUCGGCAGCCUUGCGAGCCAAAUGAGCCUCAGUUAUCACAAUU